CACAAACCAAACCAUUUGAACCAACAAAAACACACACAAACUCUCAAAAAAAAAAUGGCUUCGAUCUCAAAACACUUGCUUCUCUUCUCGUUUCUGUCCCUUUUCGAGUUGUUCGGAUUCUCCCAAGGCCGGCAGCUUACUGCAUUGCCGGAUCAGAAGGCCGCUGCUGGUGGUACGCAAUGCCUGCAGAAACUGAUUCCUUGUCAGGCGUAUUUGAAGGCGCCGGAGAAGGCUCCCUCGACGUGCUGCUCGCCGCUCAAGAAGUUGGUUUCGGAUGAUGCCGAGUGCCUUUGCACCCUCUUCAGCAACAAGGACAUAUUGAGCAGCCUUAACGUCACGCAGGCUGAUGCCUUGAAGCUUUCCAAGGCUUGUGGUGCCAAUGCUGACAUUUCAAAAUGCAAAAAGGAUGCAGCAUCACCAGGCACUUCACCUUCUAGCAAUAGUUCUUCCUCAUUCAACUCUCCCGGUGGUACAGAGAGUGCAGCUUACGCACCGUCCGCGCUCGGCGGAUCGGGCUUUGCUGCCGUCUUCUUGGCCUUUAUCAUUGCAGCAUUUUAGGGUUGUCAAUUUAGUUAAUCAUCAGACAUAAGCUAUAUCAUCAGAUUAAUGAUUAUUGUAAUCUAAUGACAAUGCUAUUUCUUUUCGACUUC